UACAACCAUCAUUCCUUUUUCCCCUCAACACUCCCCACCCGAAACCAGUUGCAGUUCACCUAUUCCUUUCAUGGAUCAAUGGUGGGCCCACUCUCUCUCUCUCUCUACCCAAUGUCUCUCUCUGGGAACUAUAUAUAUAGGUUGGUAGUGGCAUAUCUAAAAGACUAAAAGUGGGUGUGUUUUCAUAACAUUAAAGUUAUCAAGUGUUUUAUUGUUUCUUGCCUGUGGUGAAUAAAGAUGGGAAGACAGCCAUGUUGUGACAAAUUAGGGGUGAAGAAAGGGCCUUGGACAGCAGAGGAAGAUAAUAAACUUAUCAACUUUAUCCUAACCAACGGCCAGUGUUGUUGGCGUGCGGUCCCUAAGCUCGCUGGACUGCGCCGUUGUGGGAAGAGUUGUCGUCUCCGAUGGACCAACUAUCUUCGACCAGACUUGAAGCGUGGUCUACUCAGCGAGUCCGAAGAACAACUUGUUAUUGAUCUCCAUGCUCGUCUUGGCAAUAGGUGGUCCAAAAUCGCAGCAAGAUUGCCAGGACGAACAGAUAACGAAAUAAAAAAUCACUGGAACACUCACAUCAAGAAAAAACUAAUAAAAAGAGGAAUUGAUCCCGUCACUCAUGAACCACUUCAAAAGGAUCAUCAGGAUACGGAGACAAACAACCAUUCACCACCAGUGGUGGAAAGCACCAAUGUCACAGGAAGCUCUGAAGAGACCUCAAGUUCUUCACCACAUGAAAACUGUUCAACUUUGAGUGGUGAACCUGAAAUAUCGUUUGAAAGCCUUUGUGAAGAUGAAAAGUUGCUAAGCUACCUCUUAGGUGAUGAUGAGCCUCCACUAGUUGAUACAAUGAGUUGGGAGUUACCAAACAUUAAUGCACAAAACAUCAAUAGCGAUAUUGGGGCCUUCGCCUCGUGGGAUGAUUGCGUUAGGUGGCUAUUGGAUGGUCAAGAUUUUGGAGUUCAUGAUUUUGGGUUUGAUUGUUUCGACGAAAUUGAGAUGAGUGCCUUGGACACCCUAGAGACGAACAACAAACAAUACUCUAGUCCCGAUCAACAACCAUAACGUUACCUUGAUUUUUCAUCAUGACCGAAUGACUAUAUUCAUCGUCUUGUGUGGGGUUAUAGAGUGAACACCAGUGUAUUUGUGAACUGAGUGAACAAAUCCUGACCAUUGAUUUACACACGUGUAUGGCCAGGAUUAGUUCGGUCAGUUCGCAAAUAUACUAGUGUUCACUCUUGAACCUAAUCCUAUAUAUAUAUAAGGCUAUUUAAAGAAUUCUAGCUUAUUAGGGUUAUUGCAAACCAUGUAUUUGAUGGUAGAAGAGAACUCAAGUCUUAUUGGAGAGUUCUCACCAUCUAUUAGGUAAGUUAUCAAUACAAGCCAAAAGUUUAGCUACAUAACAAAAGGGAAAAAUAGGAACAAUUAUCAAGUAUCAAGAACUUAGAGUGUGUUUGUAAAUAAGGAAAGUUACUGUGUACCUGUUGGUCGAGUUUUUUUAUCAUUUGAUUUCUCA